CGCAACUUCGAUCUCAAGUCCUGGGUCUCCAUAUCUGGGCCACCUGUCCUCCUCUUCUAAAACCACCUGUUCCGUUUUGUGUGGCCCCACUCCUUCUUGCAGAACCUUUUCCUCGGUUCCACGCUCUCUCAAUCACCGCUUCCUCAGACUAACAUCCAGGUCAUUUGCGCGGACCUCAACCUUCCAUGGCUUCAGGCGCUUUUCCCCUGUCAUGGAGUGGCAGGAUUGCACGGUUAAGAUGGAGGUUGAUGUGCCUGCCUCAGCUGCCUAUAAUUUUUAUUCUGAUCGUGAAGCCAUCCCUCGGUGGAUGCCCUUUAUUUCCUCUGUUACGGUUUUGCCUGAUAAACCUGACCUGUCAAGGUGGUCCUUGAAGUAUAAAGCAUUCGGUCGUGACAUCGAAUACUCUUGGCUUGCCCGUAAUAUGCAGCCUAUUCCAAAUCAGAAAAUACACUGGCGAUCACUGGAAGGUCUUCCUAACAGGGGCGCUGUUCGAUUUUAUCCAAAAAGUCCUUCAUCAUGUGUAGUAGAACUGACAGUAUCAUACGAAGUUCCUCAACUCUUAGCUCCCGUGGCAUCGGCACUGCAACCAUUUCUUGAGCGCUUACUGCGACGUGGCUUGGAACGAUUUGCUAGUUUGGCACAGAGCUACUAAAUCACCUGGCCUGGCGGAGCCCUUCUGACUUUCUAAAUGGUAAUCUUGCUCAUGACAACUAUAACGCAUAAGAAUUGCUCUCAAGGUCUUGAAUAUUUUCUUCCCCCUAUCAGGUUUGCACUUGCAAAUGCUCC